AAGCCUCUGUUCGACCCUCAGUUCACCAUUUCAGGGUUUUGGCCCCAAUUUCUUCCUGAGCCCUAAAAUUUCAAAAUUCUCGUGACGAAAUUACUGUUUUUCUACAGCAUUUACAUGAAUGUUAAGAUUGCUGCCCAUCUGCAAAAGCGGGCUGUUCUUGAAGUCUCUGUCAUCUUCAAAUCGCUACCUAUUAAAUUCUCGUAGUUCGAGCUGCAUUAGCAAUUUAUCGUAUGGCACCGACGAAAGGAGAAGGAGCGGGGAGAUCGAUUUCGAGUUUCUAUUCAGUGCUUGCACCACGUCUGAGAUCGCCAAGCGCCUUCACGCUCUUCUUAUUGUGUCAGGGAAGGCCGAAAGCAUUUUUGCUGCCACCAGGCUCAUCAAUAUCUAUUCCCGCCUCGGCAAUGUCUCCUUGUGUCGAGACACUUUCGAUAGAGUUCCGAGAAAAGAUUCCUAUACAUGGAACUCAAUGAUAUCGUCUUACGUUCGAAAUCGCCGUUUCAGUGAAGCAGUGAAGUGUGCGUUCGAAAUGUUUUAUAGUACCGAUGUCAGACCCGAUUUUCACACUUUCCCACCUGUGAUGAAAGCCUGUAGUACUUUACUCGACGGGGCAAGAUUGCAUUGCUGGGUUUUGAAAUUGGGAUUUGUGUGGGAUGUGUUUGUGGCUGCUUCUUUGGUGCAUAUGUACUGUCGUUUCGGAUUUGUUGAUAUUGCCCAUACGAUUUUCAAGAAUAUGCCGUUUCGUGAUAUGGGAUGCUGGAACUCUAUGAUUUCUGGGUUUUGCCAAAACGGUAAUGCGAAGGAGGCGUUGAGAAUCUUGGAUGACCUGAUAUUCGAAGGCAUGGAGAUGGAUUCGGUGACUGUUGCAACUAGUCUCUCGAUUUGCGCGCAAACGAACGAUGAGUUACGUGGUUUGUUGAUCCAUUUAUUCGCAAUAAAACAUGGUCUGGAGUUCAAUGUGUUUGUAGCCAACGCCUUGAUUAAUAUGUACGCCAAAUUUGGUCAACUAAGAUGUGCGCAGAAUGUGUUUGACCACAUGUGCGUUAGAGACUUAGUUUCGUGGAACUCCAUAGUUGCUGCGUACGAGCAGAACGAUUAUCCGCACGAUGCACUCAACUGCUACCAUCAAAUGCAAUCGAACAAAAUCAGACCGGAUGUGCUUACAUUAGUCAGCUUGUCUUCGAGUGUUGCUCAGACAAAGGAUUUCUUACUAAGCAAAUCUGUGCAUGGAUUCAUCAUCAGAAAAUGUUGGAUCACACGAGACACUGUACUUGGAAAUGCAGUCGUUGACAUGUACGCAAAACUAGGCAUUGUCGACUCUGCACACAGGGUUUUCGAGGAACUCCCUUGCAAAGAUGUAAUCUCGUGGAAUACUAUGAUCACAGGCUAUGCUCAAAACGGUUUCGCAAGUGAGGCUGUCGGAGUUUACGACAAAAUGAAACAGAAUGAUGAUGUCACACCUAACCUAGCCACUUGUGUGUCCGUUUUACCAGCUUAUGCUCACUUAGGAGCCAUGAGAGAUGGAAAGAGAAUCCAUGCUCAAGUGCUGAAAAAAAACCUCGACUUAGAUGUCUUUGUGGGUACUUGUCUUAUUGAUUUAUACGGAAAAUGCGGAAAAUUGGAUGAAGCGAUGUCUUUAUUCUAUGAAGUUUCUAGAGAAACCUCUGUUCCUUGGAAUGCAAUAAUAUCAUGCCAUGGACUUCACGGAUUCGGCGAGACAUGUCUGAAGCUUUUCGAGAGUAUGUUAAACGAGGGGGUGAAACCAGAUCACGUGACCUUUUUAUCGUUGUUGACUGCUUGCAGCCACACGGGUUUGGUUGACCAGGGCAAACGGUGUUUUGACCUAAUGCAGCAAGAAUAUGGGAUAAAGCCUACUCUGAAGCACUACGGUUGCAUGGUAGACUUAUUCGGUAGGGCUGGCUUAUUGGAAACAGCGUAUAAUUUCAUUCAAAGUAUGCACUUGAGGCCCGACGCUUCAGUGUGGGGAGCUCUUCUCGGUGCUUGUAGAAUCCAUGGAAAUGUGGAAAUGGGCAGAAAGGCGUCGAACAACUUGUUUCAACUCGAUUCCGAAAACGUUGGAUAUUAUGUUCUGUUAUCGAAUCUUUACGCGAAUUUCGGGAGGUGGGAAGGUGUGGAUGAAGUGAGAUCUCUGGCUAGGGAUAAGGGUUUGUGGAAGACUCCAGGGUGGAGCUCGAUCGAAUUAAAUAAUAGGGUUGAAGUUUUUUACACGGGCAGUAAUCAGUCACACCCGCAGUGUGAAGAGAUAUACACUGAAAUGGCGGUAUUGAAUGGUAAAAUAAAAGGGCUCGGUUACGUACCGGACUAUAGUUUCGUAUUGCAGGAUGUUGAAGACGACGAGAAGGAAAGUAUACUUACGGGCCACAGCGAGAGGUUGGCGAUUGUGUACGGAAUUUUAAAUACGCCUCCUAAAAGUUCGAUUCGGAUAUUCAAGAAUCUGAGGGUGUGUGGUGACUGCCAUAAUGUGACGAAGUUUGUGUCGAAAGUUACGGAGAGGGAGAUUGUUGUGAGGGAUUCAAAUCGGUUUCAUCACUUCAGAGACGGGAUUUGUUCGUGUGGCGAUUAUUGGUGAUUUUUUUGCCGAUUGAGGAAAAUUACAAUUUUGCCCUUGUAAGAUAGAUAGCAGGAGGAGACUAAAUAGAGUCUAUUUUUGCCCUUCUCAAUUUCUUACUUGCAAUCAUACACAAAUUUACAGGGAUGAAAAUGGAAAUAGUAUAAUUUAGAAGGUGCUUAAAAUAGUAUAAUAAAGUGUUGGGAGAAAAGAGAGCACGUGAUCACGUGGCACCCCCGGAAUCACUAGCACUGUGUUGUAUAAUUUCCAGCUGGCAUCUUCUUUUCCUUUAUUUAUUUCCAGCUGG